AUGUUCAAGGAUCGUGUAGUGCCACCCAAAGAUGAGACUAGAAGUGGAGAGAAAGUAAAUGACAAGAAAGAGAACAUGAAGCAUUACAAAGGAGCGGAUGAUGAUGACAAGCAAAAGAGCGACAGCGACAAGAAUCUGAGCAAUACCACUGACAAGACGGAGGAAAAUGUACCUACCGUCACAGUCAAUCUACGUGCAGCUGCCGACUUGCUCUGCGUUCCCGGCUCCUUCCCAGAGGCCAUGAUCAGGUUCGAAGUCGAUUUUAACACAGACUACGGUUGUGGUUUUGCCCCCGAUGAUUGUGACCAACUAUCCAACUUUCCCUCCGGCACGAACUUCCAUCCGAUUCUUCUAAAUCUGGACGAGCGUCUGCCCCUGGUCGACAAUGUGUUUCAAGCAACCAAUGGAGUGCCACAUAAAAACUUCGGGUUCGAUUCAUUCGAUUCUCUGGACGGAGUUGUCGUCAUCCCUCCUAUCAUCAAUCUCGAUCCAUUCUCACAGGUUAUCACACCACCGGAGAUACCAAACAACAUGCAGGAGAAUAUAAAGGACGGCACCGAUAGAUCCGAUUCAGGCAUACUGACUGGUAGCGCAGUCUCAGACGCCCCUCUGAAGAUACUCCGGAAUGAAGCUGGUUCAGAUGACGAGAACGAUGACAAUGAGAACGAGGAGAAGGACGACAACAUGUACGAUGAGAGUACCGACAGCGACGAUGAUGACAACGAUAUUGCCACAAUCACCGUGACUCUGAGAACGAGUAUCGAGCUGAAAGGCCUCCCCAAUUCUUUCCCGCGGACCGUGAUAGUCCUGGAAGUCGACUUCAACGAAGCGUCCACGAACCCCGAACCUAUCUUCGAAUUCACUCGCGAUAACGCCUUCCACGACAUUAUUGACAACAUGGAGCAGUGCAUGCACCACGUCGACGAACGCUUAUUCGACAGAGCAAAGAUACGAAACUCCGGUAAGCCACGACCCUGGUUCGAAUUCGAAUCGUUCCAACAUCUGCAAGAUUUGUUGGAAGUCAGCAAGAACAAUCCUUUACCCAAGGAGAGUGAUUGGAUGGAAAUGCUUCUGUGUACGCCAGGUCUCCAACGCAUCGACGUCGUGUUCACAUAUAGGGCUUACCACGAUAAGGGCCGCACGUACAAACUUUUCGCGGAAGACAACAAUGGCGUCACCGUAGGUCAAUUUGUGAAGGCUUUUCGCGAUCAGCUGCAGCAUGCGGAAGCAGACAUACGCAAGUUUUCUGACAAGCUUACUCUCAUCUGUGAUAACUGUUUUGACGCCGCUAUCAACGACGACUAA